AUGGGAGCGGCCAUUACGACGAACAUGGAGGCGACGACGGCCAGUGGAACCAUGAACAUGAUGGCCACCAUCACCACCACGAGCACGCAGGCUGGGACCACUCCCACGACGGAAGCUACAACAAGCAUGAAGGAGAUUACCAUGACGGCAGCCAUGGUGAGGCACAUGAAGGCUGGGGACACGAUGAUCAUAUGGGCCAUCACAUGGGGGGACACGAUGAUCAUAUGGGCCAUCACAUGGGUGGGCACGAAGAUCAUACUCACCCAGGAUCUGGUCAUCAUGAUGAUAGUUAUCAUCAACAGCAACACCACCCAGAGGAGGAUUGUCAUCAACAGCAACAUCACGAUGACCAAUGCCACGAUAUGUAGAUUUCUCAGUUCUUGA